UAUAUUAAUAAAUAUAUGUAUAUUUAAACACAAAUACUGUAAAAUGUGUUGUUUGGGAAGUGGGUGGUAACAUGUAGCAUGCAGAAUAUGUAUUUGCUGACCCUGACCAGAGGACACCUGUGGUUCUGUCUACAGGACACACCUGGGUUUAGUGUCCCCGUGGUCCGGACCCUCACCUGGUCUUUUCUGACCCACAGUGGGGUCCGGAUCCCAACUUGUCCACUGAAGUGGUUUUCUGCUCAAACCCAACAGCCUCAGCUUGGUUCUGAUCCAGAUCUAACCUGGGUUUCUGGACCCAGGUGCAGCAGGAGGGUCAGACCUGAGUCUCUGUCCGUGGUUCUGAAGGCUCUGAUUGGCUGCAGGGUUCUGGUCUGACUUUAGGACCGGUUCUUUGUUUCUCCACCAGAUGGCGCACCAGAUGAACACAGAUCAACCGGGUCAGAUCAACCAGGUCAGAUCAACCGGGUCAGGUCCAAUAAAACCUGCUGAAGUGAUAAAGUUCUGCAGAACCAAACAUCUGAUGGUCUGGGUCUCAGAUCUGGACCUGACAGGACUUUUCAGGUCCACGGAUUCACUUCAGACCCUCAGCUCAGAAUGUGGGCGUGUUCUGACCCGCUUCUCUGUGAAUGUGGACCUCCUCUCCCUCUGCUCUGUGUCACAGUCCAGUCCGGUCCGGUCUGGAGCUCAGAGGAUGGAUUUCUGUCUUGUUGCGUCUCUCUGUGGGGUUCUGCUGGUUCUGUUGGACCUUUGUCCUCCUGCUGCCCUGCAGAGCAUCGCGGCUCCAGAACCUCCUGACUUCAUGCUGUCCAUGUACAGAACCUUGUCCUCAGCAGAGACACUGGGUCUGAACACCAGCCUGUUCCGCUCCUCCGAGGCCGCCGACACCAUCAUCAGCUUUGUGGACCGGGGACAAGACAAGCCCUCCCUGUCCCCCCUGCUCAGACAGCGGUACCUGUUCGAUGUCUCCUCCUCCUCUGAGGUUCUGGAGGUUCUGGGAGCUGAACUCAGGAUUUUCACCAAAGUGUCUGAGACCUUCAGGAUGUCAGAACCAGAACCUGUGGAGGUCCAGCUCCUCUCCUGCCGGGACCACCAGCUGCUCACCUCUAAAACCCUGGACCUGCAGGAGUCCCGGGGACCACAGUGGGAGGUGCUGGAUGUGUGGGGGGUCUUCAGACAGAGGACUCUGGGGGGAGUCUUCUGUCUGGAGCUCAGAGCGGUUCUGGACACCCCUGAGAAGGAACUGGACCUGCAUCUGCUGGGCUUGGACCGGCACCAGAGACCUCAGCAGGARAAGGCCAUCUUAGUGGUCUUCAGCAGGUCCAGGAAGAAGAAGACCCUCUUCAGUGAGAGGAGGGAGCAGGGGGUCUUACUGGGUACCAAAGCCAGCAGGAGGCGCAGGACAGCAUCUAGAACCCGCCACGGGACCAGACCCGGCAGGAAGUCCAGGUCCAGGUGCAGCAAGAAGCCCCUGCAGGUGAACUUCAGGGAGCUGGGCUGGGACGACUGGAUCAUCGCCCCCCUGGACUACGAGGCGUACCGCUGCGAGGGGGGGUGCGACUUCCCCCUGCGCUCCCACCUGGAGCCCACCAACCACGCCGUCAUCCAGACCCUGAUGAGCUCCAUGGACCCGGUCCACGUGCCCCCCAGCUGCUGCGCCCCCACCAGACUCAGUCCCAUCAGCAUCCUGUUCAUAGACUCUGGGAACAACGUGGUCUACAGGCAGUACCAGGACAUGGUGGUGGAGUCCUGCGGGUGCAGGUAGGGUCYGGGCUGGGGGGUCAGGACUCUGGCCCAGAACUUUCUGGGGGGUUGUAGAUCCUCUCUGGUCUGGGACCACCUCCAGGAGGAGCUGGAGGUCUGGGUUUUUCUCCUGGACCACAGGAUGAAGGACCAGACAGGGUCCGGUUUGUGAUCUGGACCUUGUGGACCAUAAGGACCUGUGGACCUGGUCAGCGUUGGGUCUGAUGACGGGCCUGCGUGUGUGACUGUGAGGCCUUCUGGCAGCAGAAGAAACCGKACCCGACCCAGUUCCUCCUCCUCAGCCUCUUCCCGUCCCACAGGACCGUUCUGGACCAGGACCUGCAGAUGUCUGUCUCCUGAUCCAGACCCAGCUGGCUCUGGUUUGUCGGAGACGGUGUGCGGCUCGUGUGCAGGCGGACCCUGAGAGGACGGAGGGUUCUGUAAGUGGAAACAGAACCGGUGUGGCUCAGCGGUCCAAUCAUCGGUUCUGACAGAGCUGUGGUACCGUCAGCCUGCAGAGGAAAUAAAGACCAGAGGAGUCCAGGUCCUGGUCCAGACUCAGUCCUGCUGGGACUGAGCGUCACUGAAACAGAACCGACCCAAAAGAACAGCAGAGCUCUCCAGAACCUCUCAUCUAAUCUCUAAUAAACUGUUAUUUAUUUUGAUUCAUUUAGAGGAUUAUAAUCAUGUUUUUAAUUAUUAAUUUAUAUCCAUUAAAGUGUCUAAAGUAAUGACUGUUUGUUUUUCUUUGUUAAUAAAGUAUCUUUUGUUAGAACUGUGAUGUUCACAACUA